UGCUUCGAUAGACUCAACGCACAACAAAGAGAUGGGUAGUUAUCCUGGUUCAGGGGCUCUCACCAAAACAGAAGCUGGUAUGGUGUUUUACGGUUAACUCUUGGUGUUCAGCCGCGAGGCCCCUGCCACAAUCCCAUUCGGUUGAGCUAGUCGCUUCUUGAUAGCUAUGGUUCCCGAAGAGCUUGUGGUUGGUGUAGAUAGCCAUGAACUGGUUCCAAGAUAUCAAUCCACAAGUUAGGAGAUUCAAUCAGAAUCACUUACCAGAAAGAUUCGUUGAAAUUACUCGCGCUUCCGAUCUCUGAUUUCCAGCCCUUCUUGUUGGUUGCGAAGCAGGAUACUGGUGCUUGGAAUAUUCCGAAUUUAUAAUUCCACUUUGCCUGACAGAGGAUAAUGUCUUCGAAUCCUUCCUACUUGAACUUGUAACAUCCUCAAGAACUCUAUGUAUGUAUCUUUCUCUCUCUCUCUCCAGUGCUGAAUUUAAGAAACAAUGGAUCAAAAACUACUUCUUCCUCCAGCGUACUCGCCGACCACCGAAGAACUGAAAUCACCCGUGGGGCAGUUGCCGACGAGAUUGGCGCCCAUUUUCACGGCGCCACGGAAAUCAUGUGAACACGAUCGCUCUCGUGGGGGACUGUGUCGCACUAUCGUCCUCUGUGUGCUGGCCCUGGCCAUCUGCGCCGGGUUUGUUUUACUCUACUUCCAAAUGAAGGACCUUCAGCGUCAGGUCCAGGAACUACAGUUGCAAGUGGAAGAAGGAAGUGAUUGGCAAUUUGAUGAGUAUGGAACACCUUCAGAACAGGGUAAUCAUGACGAGACUCCAGAUUCCGACAAAGCCGAUUCUGAUGGUUCCACACACUACAAAAAGCAUACGAGAGAGAGGCGUUCAAUCAACGGUAACCAUGGUAACGGAGGUCCGAGAAGACGUUUAUUUCGACCUAUGCAAGUUGGAGAUCCUACGGCACACGUUGUUCCGCUCGCCUCAAGUCAGCCGCAAUCACAUAUGUAUCCUGCAAGUGCGUGGUUUGUUUGGACCGACCAAGAAAGCAACUCCCACGCCAGCAUCCCUCUCCGAAUGAACAAAUUCUUAAUUGCCCCUCACGCAGGAUACUACUACAUUUACGCCCAAGUUACCAUAGAAACGUGUAACAACAAUACCUUAGGAAGAGGCCAUAGUCUCUACGUGAAAACGCACUGUGGACGGCAAAUCGAAAAGAAGUUAACCCAUACACAGACAAGCCCGGCUUUCAACAUGCUGCGCACCUGCACUUACGAUUCUAGUUACACAGGAGGCGUGUAUUACCUGGAAGCCAGUGACCACGUCGGAGUGAAACCUUUCGUUCCCCUUGGCUUCGCGGAGUCCCGCCUCCACCUCACAGAAGAUAACUCCUACUUCGGUAUGAUCCAACUGUCGAAGUUCGAGCGAGGAACGCGGGGAGAUUGUAACUUACAAAUUCCCCAAUUUUAAGUUGUAUAUUUAUUGGCCCUUAUUCUGAUGUCAAAUUUAACUUAGACCAUGGUAUAUCUCUGUGCUAAAUUUAUUGGAAGCCAAAUAUUAUUUUUUUAAAGUUUCGUUUACAUGUAUGUUUCUGUGGUGAACUAGAGCUGAUAAAGAGAAACUGUUAGAUAUUUAUGUCCCAAUUGGCUACCCAUACCCAAACCACAAUUUUUGACGAACAUGGCCAGCAGGGACAGCCAUCUGGCUUUUUCCAAGGAGAGGAUUUGAGAAACAAAAAAGGGGGGUUUCACUACAAAAUGAAGGUCAUUUUGGUACAAAGAAAUUUGACAAGCAAAACAAAAAAAGAGUUCCCUAUAAAAUGAGGGUAAUUUGGGGUCGGCUCUAAAAUGUAGGUGAUUACUUUUCUUUACUUGGCAGCCCAAAGGGGGGGGGGGGCCGGGGCUUAAACCCCCUAACCCCCCCCCCCCCCCCCCCCCCCACCGUAGGCUCAGCAACUGACCAUAAUUAUUUUAAGUUAAAAUAUCUGUUCAAAACUCGGUCCAAUGAAUAGAUUUUGAACUAUCCCUGAACUCUUUAUAAUUGAUAUCAUCUUAAAGGGUUCGUGUUCAACCGUUCGAAGGUCAACGCCAAUUGGUACGACCUGAACUAAAACACUAUUCAUGUUAUUUAUGACAACAGUUUCCCAUGGGCGGGAUGGGAAAGUGUCAUCAUGUGACCACUUUUGUUUUCUUUGUCCCCACUCCAAAUAAUGCCUCACUAAUAAUUUUAAUAUUCUAUUUUCAUCAUAGGCUGAAAUCUAUGCCGUUUCUUCACAUAUAGAUAUUGUUGAAAAGUAGUUUUCCCCUGAUUUGGGCGGUUAUCACAGUAGGCAUCGCCUAUAUAGCCGUGACACAAAGCCCCUAAUAUUUAAGGGGUUUUGCGUAGAACAAAACAGAUCCAAAUAGACCCUACUUAUAUUUUGAUGGUCUUAUCCAUGAAUAUUGAAGAUCAAAGAUCUUAGACAUUUAUUUAUUGUUCAUCUUGAUCUGAAGCGAUUUAUUAAAAAAUCGCGUCGUACGGUUGGAACGUGUAGUGUGCGGCUGGCUUUAAAUUACUACAACCACCCAGAGCCAUGGGAACGAUAUCAAGAGGAGGUGCUGGUUUGAGGGGAAAAAAUGGGGGAACAUUUUUCAAGGUUUUCACUGUGUCUCCAGAAUGAAGGUGGUUUUGUUCAGGAAAAAUUUGACAACCAAAAAAAAAAAUCCAAAUUGAAGGUAAUUUUGGUAAUGCCCACAGUGUACACACGCAGCACCCCCAGGCAAGUCACGGGUACCCCAGCACCCAUCCGCUUCCCACGGCCAUGAAAUCAUCAUUGAUUUAUAUAGCUUGCACUUGGAGCACGUGAAGCUAUUCAAUCUGAGAGGUGACAUUUGCUAGUCAUUCGCCCUCGUAGGAAUAGGAAUCGAAUUAUUUGAAAUAUGUUUGUUCUCUUAUUUUUUGUAAAUAAUACUAAGAUACGUUUUCUUAUAGUUUAUCUGACUCUAUUUAUUGUACAUCUUGAUUUUAAAGAUUAUUCAGUACUAACGAGCCCCGCCCAUUUCCGUCUUAUCAUAUACGAAUCCCGGGGACAUGGGGGGGGUGGUGGGCCACUGUCAUUACAAGGUGGACACUAGGCCAUGAUCAUCCAUAAAAGCACGUAAAAUGGUAGUUGUGUUUCACGAUUGUACGCCCGUACAGUGAAGGGUAAAAAAUGCCAAAAUCGGAGACAGUGGGACAUGCUUUUCAACCUUUCAUGACAAAAGAAUAUUUGAGACAUUAUUAGGGGGGGGGUGGCAAAUUGAUUGAUAUGGGUAGUCGUAGACUGAAGCAUGAUCGGUUAUAGGUCUUUUUUUUUUCAAAUCCAUUUCAUGGAAGAGAUUGGCGUCCACCUUAUAUUUACAGUGCCCCCCCCCCCCCUCUUCCGGACACGAUGCCCCUGAACCCCUCGAGGAGAUAUAUAUUCUUAUACUUGUCGUUCAAUAAUAAGUAUUAUUACUUCCAAUACAAAGCUACGGCAUUGGAUUAUUGAAGGCAAAAAAUUCACAUAAAUUAUUGGACGUCGGGUGUUAUAAUGCUCGAAGUCACGGUCAUGUAUUUGCUGAAGUAGCGUAAUGAGCCAAAAAAAAUCUUUGUCGUGGUUUUUUGCCACGCAACCCCCCCCCCCAAAUCUGUAUGCCAGUGCUUAAGUUAUUCCAGUCAUUCAUUUUUUUAUUCUUACAAUAUGGCUAUAAUUUUUCGAGAACACAGAAAUCUAAUCGACUUUGGAGAAAUUAUAGCUACAGGCAUGCUAGAAGAAGCAUAUACUAUAUGUUUUGCAUUUUCUGGUCUAAAUAAAUAGGAUGACGUAAUUUCUUCUCCAUUUUGAUGAUAGAAGUGUUUUAAAGUAAUACGAACCAGACCUCUUCCUUCCUAUUUCAUUAUCAAUCCCCCCCCCCCACUUAUUAGAAAAAAUAUCAUUAGAGGUACGUACCACUGCGCCCGCAAUCGUUGCUGAGAUUUUUUUUUUCAUUUUUUUUUACCCCUACUGAGAUUUUUGUAUGAUAUAAUGUAUAUAUACUGUACAUAUAAUUAUUGUAUGUAUAAAAAAGUUUAAUUCCUUUAAGAAGCAGCUUAUGAAAUAUAUUUUGAUGUGAAAGUUUUGUGGUCCUCUAGUGUUCCCUUUGUGAAAAGAUUACAAAUGUAACUCGAAAUCUCUUCUGAGUUUUCUUUUAAAAAUACAAAUUCUUCAAUCAUUACUAAACCGUGAGACAACGUUGAUAGUUUGUAAUUGUUAGAGUGUCCAGAAGCAGUCAUUGAUGAUGUUAUGCUUUGUACUGUUGAAUCUAAUAAAAUAUGUAUUGUGUACAAAAUA